GCUAGAGAGAGAAACAGCUCUGAGCAACAAAGUGUAUGAGAGACAGAGAGGGAGGACAAGGAGAAAGUAGAGAAAGAGAGAGCGACAGAUAUAGUUAGAUAAAUGCUGCAAAUACUGGAUUCUUAAAAUGCAAUUCAAGUUCAUAGAGAGAUAGAGAUACAGGGGAGGGAAGAAAAGGGAGGAUAGAGAAGGAAAUCAAGAAAGAGAAAGAAGGAGAGAGCUGGGUUCAGAGGAGUGCUGAAGACAUGCUUGUUAAAGAGUAUAGAAUAUGCAUGCCUCUCACUGUGGAAGAGUACAGGAUAGGCCAGCUCUAUAUGAUCAGCAAACACAGUCUGGAGCAGAGCUCAGCAGGGGAGGGGGUUGAGGUGACAGUAAACAAGCCCUGCGAGGACCACAAACAUGGGAGAGGCCAAUAUACUGAGAAGAGAAUCUACCUGAGCAGUAAACUCCCUGGCUGGGCUAAAACAUUUGUGCCCAAAAUCUUCUACAUCACAGAGAGAGCCUGGAACUACUACCCAUUCACCAUCACAGAAUAUACUUGCUCUUUCCUGCCGAAGCUUCAGAUCAGAAUUGAGACCCAAUUUGAGAACAACAGAGGAGACAAUAAUCAGGUGUUUGUAGAAAGCUCCUCCUCUCCUCCUGAUGAAGUCUGUGCCCUCGACAUCGCCUUCGAUGAGUUACCUGAGAGAUACUACAAAGAGUCCGAGGACCUGCGGUUGUUCCACUCUGUAAAGACAGGACGAGGCCCCCUGAUGGAGGGGUGGCGCUCUAACACCCAGCCCAUCAUGUGCUCCUACAAGAGGGUGUCUGCCAGGUUCGAGGUGUACGGGUUACAGGGCAGAGUGGAGAGCUUCAUUCACAAGAACAUUCGAGACAUCCUGCUGAUCGGACACAGGCAGGCAGUGGCCUGGAUCGACGAGUGGAGCGGAAUGUCUCUUGAAGAUGUGAGGGAAUUUGAGAGAGACCUGCAGGAGCAAACUAACAGCAAAUUGAAACAAAACACAGUGAUGGACAGUGCUGGUCCUCGUCACUCUCUCCUGACUCGCUCUCUCUCGAUGACGGAUGAAGCUUCACUCCGAAAACUGGGGGUGCAGCCCCCCCAUGACCAUGAAACCCAAAACACACAGCCCCACCUCUCCAAGAGACUGAACUCUAACCCAGAGUGAAUACACACCCUCCCUCCAUCUCCCCUCUCCCCUCUCCCUCCAUCUCCUCUCUCUCUCCCCCCUCCCUCCAUCUCCCCUCUCCCCCUCCCU